AAGAGGCAGUGAGACGUGCAUGUGUGCGUAAAAACUGCCGCGUGUAUAUUGCGUCAUGCGAGUCGUUCCCAUGAAAACGAGCAUAGAUGUAGUAUGCGCUCGGUAGAACGAAUACGAAUGUUUUGAAAGCAAAAACGUAUGCGUUUCAAUCUCGAAAAGAAUGCGAAGUGGUUCGUAAAAGUUUCUGACAAAUGGAAAGUAUUGAGAGCGAAGAAAUCGUACAAGGCGAAAAUGCUACGGAAACGAAAAAACGGAAGAGAGGAAUUAUAUAUUUAUCUAGCAUACCCAAGUACAUGAAUAUUGCGAAAAUUCGUGAAAUACUUUCGGAGUAUGGGGAAAUUGGAAGAGUAUACUUACAGUUAGCAGAGAACGAAUUUGAGAAAGACGGAAAGCCAAAGAAACGAAGAAAAGUUUGCGCAAAAUCCUUCACCGAAGGCUGGAUCGAAUUUGAAAGUAAGAGGGUAGCAAAGUACGUCGCUUUGACAUUGAAUAACAAGCAAAUUUCGACUAGGAAGAAAAGUAAAUUCUACGAUGUUAUUUGGAAUAUAAAGUAUCUGCCAAGAUUCAAAUGGACCCACUUGAGCGAACGUUUAGCGUACGAGCGAGCAGUACAUAAACAAAGGCUUAGAGCCGAAAUUGCACAAGCUAAACGAGAAGCAAACUUCUUCUCUCACAAUGUGGAUAGGAGUAAAAAGCUACGUAAGAAGCAACAAGAUGGAACUAGUACGUUCGUACCACCUACGAUAAAACAAAGAGAUACAGAUGCUGAGAUCAGAAGCAGGAAAGAGAAUGAAUCCGAAACGGACAGGACAAGUUUCUUGAAGUCUUUAUUUGGAUGAAACUAUUUAUCCGAAUAGAAAUGAACGUGAAACGGAACUUGUGGCAAAAUGGACAAGCUUUAUUCUAAGUAACAAGUGUAACAGCACCUGUAAAUUAGCAUUUACGUUUCUCAUAGAAACAAUACCGAUAUUAACGCUAUGUUUUAAUACGAAUAGAAUAAAAUACACUGUGCUUCCAGGA